UUGGGGGGCUCGGUCUGGCAGCCAUACUCCCAGAAACACUCAAGAAGGGAAAGGUUCAUUCCCCAAGCCGCUAGGACGUCCAUCACCGUAGUAGGACGGAGAACGUUUAUUUCUAUUCUCUGCAUAACACCAUCGAGUCCGCGAAAACCUCUUGGAACUAUAUGCGAAACAGCACAGGUAUUUGGUUCCUCGUAAUGCCUGCAGUGCUGGUUCUUCCACUGGCGACUACUUCAAUAAGUGUCCUUGUACGAUGGCUUCCUUCGAGAUAUCAUAUGGAAUAUUCCGCCUCCCUCAACAGAAACCUGGUCAGGGCUCUCGAAACUGUUGCUGUUCUUCUCAUAGUAAACCCCUUCGAUCUGCUACGUCUGGCCGUGGCUAGCGCAUUUCGAGCGCGAUGUUGUACUCCUAAAGGUUUUUACGCCCUGUUGGCCGUUGAUAUUUGCAUUGUCGCGGCCGUCCCAUCUUUUCAGGGCACCCUAAAUGGCGUUGUUCUGUUCAAAGUCGGUUCGCCGGUUCCUGAACUUGCUCGUUCUGCUGUAUCGCAAAUGGUUAAAAAGCCACAUCUCGGUGUAUUGUUCGCCUUCUUAGCAAUAUUAAAGCAGAUAAGAUUUGUGGUUAUGAGCGUCAAAAUAAACUCCCCUUGCCAAGCUGAUUUGCGAGACGGAGGCGGAACAUGGUUUGAGAAGCCCUAUUAUUUCUCGGCCGUAUUAUUCGUGGUUAUGUGGCUAGGCUGCUGUUGGCACAUCCCCGACCAUCUCCUCAGGAGGAGGAGGAGGAGGUGGAGGAGGAGCCGACUCGGAGGUCGAUGGUAUAGACUUUGAAUUGGGCUCUACAGUCUAAUGAACGGAAUGUUGAUGCUGGAGCUGAGUGGUCGUAAUUGUUUUAGUUUGUACCAACUAACAGGGAUCGACCACAAAUCCGAUGCUUUAUUUUGAACGAUUUUUUCGCAACAACGGGAGGAAUCUUUUGGUCU